AUUUCUGGUGAAAAUGAGAAGAAAGUAAGGAGACGAAAGAAGAGGCCUAAAACUGUGGAUCAGGCUUCCAUAGAUCGCCAGAAGAAGAUGCAAGAAAUUCAAGAUGUGUUGUCUUCCAGUCCAAUAGAUAUUGAAAAACUUCGUGAGUUAGCUGUUGGUGAUGGAGGUCUUGUCAAGGAUGAGCUCCGUCGUAAAGCAUGGCCACGCCUCAUGAUGAUUGAGCACAUGGAAGUGACUCCAAAGCCUACUUUAGAUGUUGUCAAAGCUCACAAGGACUAUAACCAGGUAGUCCUUGAUGUGAAUAGAUCCCUUAAGCGCUUUCCUCCAGGGAUAGAUGAUGACUACAGACUGGUCCUCAUGGAUCAACUGACAACACUAAUCAUACGAGUUUUAAUAAAACAUCCUGACCUUCACUAUUAUCAAGGGUUUCAUGAUGUUGCUAUCACAUUCCUUUUGGUGAUGGGAGAAGAUGUAGGCUUCGAGUUGGUGGAAAAAUUGGCUGUUACUCACCUUUGUGACUUCAUGAGACCAACAAUGGAAAAAACCACUUACUACCUCACAUAUCUGUACCCAAUUCUGAAGAGAUCAGAUCCAAAAUUGCAUCAGUUUUUGAUUGAUUCUGGUGUUGGGACAGUGUUCUGUUUACCAUGGCUGAUAACUUGGUUUGCACACACACUUUCGGAUUAUCGCAAUGUUGUGAGGUUGUAUGACUUCUUCUUGGCCACCCCAUAUCUCAUGCCAAUGUAUAUUGCAGCAGCAAUUGUGCUGAAGAAGAAGGAAGACAUUCUGUCUGGAGAGUGUGAUAUGGCCAUGCAACAUUUCAUAUUAUCCCAGGUUCCAGAUACCUUGCCUUUUGAAGAAAUCUUGAUUGAGGCAAAUGAAUUGCAUAAUUUAUAUCCUCCAAACACAUUACAGGAAGAAGUGGAUGAAUUUAUCAAGAAAAAGAAUGAAGAAGAAGCCAUUGAGCGACAGCUCCUAGUUGAUAGACGUAAAAAGUUUGAAGCCUCUCGGAGAGUUCAGUACUACAAGAGAUUUAUUCCAUGCUGUCACAGAUACAUCCCUCCAAUACCUCCUGCUCAAACUAAGAUGAUAGUCAAAGUUGCCUUUUUCGCUAUUACUGCUUACUUUGCCACAAAGCCUUAUAUAGCUAUUAUUCAGAGUCUCCAUCUUUAUUUGCUUUUGCUCCAAGGCAAUGAUAUUUGGGAAAUUGCCCAUUUUUCUAUGCUGAUUGAUUCCUAG